GCGCACGCGCACCGCGCCACCGGCACCCCCCGCCGCCCUCCCCUCGGGUGCCCGCCGCGCAGGCGCGCUGGGCGGCGCCGGGCCCUGGCGGCGGAGGCAAGAUGGCGGCGGUGGUACAGAAUGUGGUCAAGCUGCUGGGCGAGCAGUACUACCGGGAUGCCAUGGAGCAGUGCCACAACUACAACGCGCGGCUCUGCGCCGAGCGCAGCGUCCGCCUGCCCUUCCUCGACUCCCAGACCGGCGUCGCGCAGAGCAACUGCUACAUCUGGAUGGAGAAGCGGCACCGCGGGCCCGGUUUAGCCGCCGGGCAGCUCUACUCCUACCCCGCGCGCCGCUGGAGGAAGAAACGCCGCGCUCACCCGCCCGAGGACCCGCGGCUCUCCUUCCCCUCCAUCAAACCAGACACGGAGCAGAGCCUGAAGAAGGACGGGCUCCUGGCGCAGGACGGCAGCAGCCUGGAGGCGCUGCUCCGCACCGAGCCGCUGGAGAAGCGGAGCCUCCCGGACCCGCGCCUGGACGACGACAGCCUGGGCGAGUUCCCGGUCACCAACAGCCGCGCGCGCAAGCGGAUCCUGGAGCCGGAUGAUUUCCUGGAUGAUUUGGAUGAUGAAGACUAUGAGGAGGAUACGCCGAAGCGACGAGGGAAAGGCAAGGCCAAGGGCAAAGGCGUCAGUGGGGCUCGGAAGAAGCUGGAUGCAGCAAUCUUGGAAGACCGGGAUAAACCCUACGCUUGCGACAUCUGCGGGAAGCGGUACAAGAACCGGCCGGGAUUGAGCUACCACUACGCUCAUUCCCACCUGGCUGAGGAGGAGGGUGACGACAAGGACGAUUCACAGCCCCCGACUCCCGUCUCCCAGCGAUCCGAGGAGCAGAAAUCUAAAAAAGGUCCGGAUGGUCUGGCCCUGCCCAACAACUACUGCGACUUCUGCCUGGGAGAUUCCAAGAUCAACAAGAAAACGGGACAACCGGAGGAGCUGGUGUCGUGCUCCGACUGCGGGCGCUCAGGACACCCGUCCUGCCUCCAGUUCACGCCGGUGAUGAUGGCGGCCGUGAAGACCUAUCGCUGGCAGUGCAUCGAGUGCAAGUGCUGCAACAUCUGCGGCACCUCCGAGAACGACGAUCAGCUGCUGUUCUGCGACGACUGCGACCGCGGGUACCACAUGUACUGCCUGACCCCCCCCAUGUCGGAGCCUCCCGAGGGGAGCUGGAGCUGCCACUUGUGUCUGGAUCUGCUCAAGGAAAAAGCCUCCAUCUACCAGAACCAGAACAAUUCCUGAUCCCGCUCCGGCGGGAUGCGCUUCCCGGUGCCCCCGUUCCACGCGUUUCCCUCUUGGUUUGGGGUCUUUCCUCUUUCAUUUCCCAUUUUUGGGUUUUUUUUCCCCCCCGUUUUUUAAACCUUCCCCUUGGUUUUUGGUUGA